AUGCGUGGUUUAGGCUUUGAAAAUUCUCGUUGUUUCUUGGUGGAUGCAAUUGAUGCAUCUGGAGGGUUAGUUGUAGCUUGGUCCCCCGAAGUUGAUGCUUCGGUGUUUUUUAGUUCCAACUUUUGUAUCUGCACUCAAAUUAAUGAAACUUCCUUUUCUUAUGUGGUUGUUUCUGUUUACAUUAGCUGUAAUUUAGCAAUCAGAGCUACUCAAUUGGCUCAGCUGCAGCAAUUAUGUGCUUCUAUUCAGCUUCCUUAUGUGGUGAUUGGGGAUUUUAACACUACUCUUCGUGAGGGUGAGAAAGAUGGAGGGAACGCUUGGAAUACGGCCCACUCUAUUAGCCUACGGGAUUUCGUUCAGGACCUUGGUCUUCACGAUCCAGGGUACCAGGGGGACCCUUUCACUUGGACCAAUAGAAGGAUGGGUGUGGCCUGUAUCCGUGAGAGGCUGGAUCGAGCUUUAUGCUCCCAAGGCUGGAUUGAUCUCUUUCCGGAGACCUUGGUGAAGCACUUCACAGAUCAGGGAUCGGAUCAUCGGGCUCUCCUCCUCUCGGACAAACCCUAUUCCCGCAAUGCUAGGCCCUUGUUCCGAUUUGAUGCUCGCUGGGCGGAAAAUCCUGAGGUUCGGGCCAUGGUUAGUUAUGUUUGGAGGGAAGAAAUUGCUGGUACUCCCAUGUUUCAGUUAUGGGAACGCUUGAAGAAGCUUCGGCACUUACUUUACGAUUGGAGUAGGGCUGGUACCACGAACUCCCUCCGUAAUAUCAAGACUCUCCAGGCUGAAAUCGAUCAGGUAAAAUUAGUUCACCCCAUUGAUUGGGAUACAAUCCGCGGCCUGGAAAUGGAACUAAGUAGGCAAUGGGAAGCGGAUGAGAUAUACUGGCAGCAGAAGUCCAGAGUCCAUUGGUUAAAAAGGGGUGACAAGAACACUUCUUAUUUCCAUACGGUCACUAGGGCUAGGCGAAAACGAAACUUUGUGGCAGGCCUCCGCAAUGAUAACGGGGAAUGGAUCACGGAUGAAGCUCAAAAGGCAGGAAUUGCCUAUAGCUUCUAUAAUACUCUUUUUACCUCAGAAACCCAGAUAAGAAACAUACGAGAGAGGGUUGAGGAGUUGCCCAUAGCCCAGAGCAUUUCCCCAGAAAUGAAUGCCAAUCUGACGGCGGAAGUCCUUCCUUGGGAAGUAAGGAAAAUUGUCUUCUCAAUGGGCUCGAAACAAGCACCUGGCUCAGACGGGUUCACUGGAAAGUUUUUCAAAACCUUCUGGGACAUUGUUGGCAAUUCCGUUGUAGAGGCGGUUUGCUCGUUUUUUAGAACGAGCAGGAUGCUCCGCAAUUUUAAUCAUACCUGGUUGACCUUGAUUCCCAAAGUGGACAACGUGGAAACUAUGAGGCAGCUUCGUCCAAUAAGCCUUUGUCAGUUUGUCUAUAAAAUUAUUACAAAGCUUAUGACUGAGCGUCUGGAUGGGAUUUUGCCUCAUGUUGUCUCGAAAGGACAAAAUGCUUUUAUUCGUGAGCGCCAGAUAGUAGAGAAUAUCCUCCUGGGACAUGAGUUGAUGCACUAUCUUAAGAUCAAAAAGACAGGUAAGAAAGGGUACAUGGCUUUGAAGGUUGAUAUGGAAAAGGCCUAUGAUAGAGUCGAAUGGCCCUUUCUCCUUGCUGUAUUGGAAAAGAUGGGCUUCAACUCUACCUGGAGGGGUUGGAUUCAUGAAUGCCUAAGAACAACGUCGUUCUCGGUAUUAAUGAAUGGCACUCCAUCAGGAUACUUCUCUCCUUCUAGGGGGCUCCGUCAGGGUGAUCCUCUGUCACCUCUCUUGUUUGUGCUAUGUACUGAGGGCUUUGCGGCUCUCCUACAUAAGGCAAUUGCUGAACAAAAGCUUCAUGGAGUUAAAGUGGCUCCCCGGGCCCCUCGUAUAUCGCACCUCUUCUUUGCGGAUGAUUCCUAUUUAUUUAUGAGAGGGUCCCUUCAGGAAUGCGAGAACCUGAUUGAGGUGUUGAACGAGUAUGAGGAGCUCAGUGGGCAGAGGGUUAACUUGGAUAAAUCUGCUGUUUGCUUUAGCAGAAAUAUUGCGCUGGCUGAUCAAGAGUUCUUGGCCCGGAUCCUUGGGGUUGGGGCAGUAGGGGUUCAUGAUAAAUAUCUGGGACUGCCAACCCUCAUUUCUCGCUCUAAGAUGGCUACUUUUCGCUACCUGGAGGAAAAGCUCCUGGAGAGGCUACAGGGGUGGAAACGGAGGACUUUGUCCUGGGCAGCUAAAGAGGUUUUGAUAAAGUCUAUCGCUUUAGCUUUACCAUUGCAUGUCAUGUCUUGUUUCAAGCUCCCCCUGUCCCUGUGCAGGCUUCUCGACAAGCAUGUAGCUAGGUUUUGGUGGGGUGUUGAGGAUGAUCAGUCCAAAAUCCGUUGGGUAUCAUGGCAUAAUAUGUGUAAAAGUAAGCAUGAUGGUGGAAUGGGUUUCCGUCGCUUUGAGCAUUUUAAUCAGGCUCUGCUGGCCAAGAUUGGGUGGAGAAUCAUUACGGAACCUCAAUCGCUUUUAGCGCAGGUCUAUCGAGGUAAGUAUUUCCCUACGGGAACCUUCCUAUCUGCUCAAGCGCGGUCCCGCCCAUCGUGGGGUUGGCAAAGUAUUCUGCAUGGUAGGCAGUUACUUGAGAAGGGUGUUCGAUGGCAGGUUGGGAAUGGUCAGACUGCCUCUCUCUUGUCGGCUAACUAG